UGGGCUGUUGUUGCUGUGACAGAAGCUAAACGGGCGCAGUGGUUCAAUACUACUCCAAAACUCUUCCAGUACAACAACGAAGAUUGUUUCGUUUUCUGUCUGAGGAAGAAUGGACGACUCAGCUAGACGCUUGUUGCAGCGGAUCAUGAGACGGAUACCGGCUCAGAUGCUAAAACCGACGCUGGACAAAUGGGGCCGUUUGACGGCGGCGCAGCGACAGUCCAUGGAUUUUACUGAGUCAAAAUGGGCGUUAACAGAAAAACUACUCGCCAUUUGUGAGGAGAAUGAAAUGACAGUUAAACACAUCACAGAACUCGAAAUGAUACAUGUGAUUGAGAAUCCAGACCAUUGUAUGUGGUAUGCCCUCCAGCUCAUGGACCCCGAAGAGGAUGUUCACUCUGUAGAGCUGACCCAGUUCAAGGAACAAUUUAAAUCCCACCUCAGAGAGCUCAUAAGACAUGUAUCCAUCAAAAUAAAGAAGCACACAGAUGAAGCUGUAUGGAUUCGAAUUGCGUGGGGGGACAGUUUUUCUCGGCCGAACCACCUGAAGCCAACAUAUGUUGUUCACCAUCUGCAAACCCCUUAUGUCUUUGUGACCAGCCUGACUUCUAAGCUAAAGCCGCUCUUAUCUCAGGCCUUGGUUCUGUCUACCAGAUAUCAAGCUAUUAAGGAUGCCAGCCUCAGUGGACGAAAGCUCACCGCCAUCAGAGACCUGCUGAUGAGGCAGUAUCAACAGGUAUUUCCCACAAAGUAUCCCAGCCCACUUGCGGAAAAUGAUCAAAAUGCCUCAAACAUUCUCAUAAAUAAAGAACAAGCUGAGCUUGCAGCAAGCAGACAUCAGAAGGCCUGUGAAGCCUUUGGUGAUGGGAUGUUACCUCAACUACAGUCUGCAGUUUACAAGCUGGAAACUAAAUUCAGAGACCACACAAAUAAGACGAUGACGGAGCGGGAAGAGGCCUUCAGAUGUGUUGUUAAAUUUGCAAGCACCAACCUCUUGGAGUCACUCAGACACUGUGCAUCUUCAGGUAUUGCCUCCACCCCUGGCACAUCCCUGCUCUCGUCUAUUCCUUUAAAAGGAAGGAAUUAUUUUGUCAUCACAGACAACAGCCCUGGUCCCUCCUCACAAACACGGCAACCAUCAAACUGAUUGAUGACAGACUCUUGAUCAAAAUGUAGCCAGCUUCACGUUACAGGUAUAAAUCCAUCCGAGACGCAUUGAGGUUGCAUUGAGAACCGAUUGCACAGACCGCAUUCGAUGGUGGUCUGACAAAUGACCACUUUACUUUAGAAGUUUUCGCAUGAUUGUCCAGAACCACCUCCUCAGCCAACGUCCUUUGUAAAAGUACGUCCUCAUUUGCAAACCGAAGGUGUCAUAUUAAACUGCAAGAAAAGGCAACAGCAGCAAAAUGUUUCUUCUCUGUACAAUACAUCGCAUUUGGUCUUUGAAAAUGGAAACGAUGUAUGUGUUUAUUUGCAUUAUAGCACUGGGAUGUGUGGUCCGAUCACUCGUGGUUCCUUAAAACAGAGAGGUGACAGCUUGUGAUCGGAUCACUCUGUUCUUUGUCUCCAUUCUCAGGCCAUUCAUGCUUUACUGUGGCCGCUACAUGAUUGGUCUUUACGUUAAUGCAGCUCUUUAUGAGUGAUGGCCUUCUGGAAUUUAAAAUGAAUUCCUGUAUUCCUAUUAUGUCAGUAGUUGUCAGUCAGCAAUUGACACUUUUUUUUAACUGUAUGUCCAAACUGAAUAUAAAGGCAGAUUUUUUUAACGUUUUUAAAUUUCCACAAUGUGUUUUUUGCCUCUUGAUACAAAUGUAUCUCUUUAUCUUUCACUUUAGUUUUAAUGCGGUCUGUUUCUUGUAUUCAUAUUUUUUAUAAAAUAUAACAUUUGGUAGAGAACAAAAUGUUGGAUGUGAACUACUUCCUCACAACUUGUCACUGACAUACACCUUGUUUCAAGUAACAUUUGGACUCUGUCAUUAUGGCUGUUCAUAUAGGCAACAAAAGAUUCCUCUCUAACAGAACUAUGUUAUAAAAGAACAUAAAAUCUCCUGUCGUAAUUUUGUGCAGUAAUGAAUUCUGUGUUCAGUAAAAGCUGUUUUGAGACCCCA